AAAUCGCAUAAUCAAAACAAACCAAUUUCUAAUGGGAUGAUCUCAUAGUGAUAAAUCGAAGCAAAACAUUGUGGAAAAAUCGAUCAGUCUAGACGGAAUCCAGGCAAGUGUUCGCAUUGUUUAUCGCAGAGUGGCUUCCAUCAAUCGUUUUCGCACGAAAUUUAAUGAGUUCACUAAAAUAUUGGAUACUACUAGCGGUUCGAUUAUUCACGCACUUUUUCAUUUGACAAUUCAAUCGCAUCGGUCAGCUUAGCUUGGAAAGUGCAUCUGCCAGCAGCAGCAGUAGCAACAUAAGAAAUCGCAGUUCUACCAUCGACAGUUGUUGCUCCAGUCGUAGUUGUAACGUGAACGACUCGCAUCAAGCCUUGGUGCAGGUUUAUUGCUGUAGCGGAAAUAGUGGUAUAGUACCGGUUCAGCGACAGGAACCGAAAAUGCUAGAUCUUGAUAAUAGACCGAUUCCGGACCAGAUCGGAUAUCUGAUAAUGUCGGAAGAUGGUGCGGUUCUUGCUUCUGGUGGGGAGAUGGAGAACGAUGAGAGAAGUGCUGGAAUUAUUAGUGGACUUUUGACGCUUACGGAAAGUGUUGAUCCGGCCGUAUUCAAGAAACGAUCGUGCAAAAAGAUAUCAAUUGCCUACGAGGAACACAGCUAUACGAUAUGCCUUUCGAACAAGAAAGUGUACGUAGUUAAGCGGCGGAACGGUUCGAGUGUGGCCGGAGGGGCAGGUGAUGCAGCAGAAGGUAGAACCAUUUUUGCCUAAAGCAAUGCCUAUGUGCGAUUAUUCGAGCGAAUAAAUUUUUUGUAAACUCAA